AUGGCUGCUUUAAAAGGGUUAAUUGAUUCGGAAUGUGGACAAACAAAUCCAUUGAUUAAGCUCAGUCAAUUUUAUGCGAGAGAUAAUACGCUAGUUACGCAGGAUGGUUUAAUUAAACAAAACAACAAUACGUUUGGUAGUUCAAAUAUUGGUGAUGCAACAAUUGAUGAUUUAGUUAGUGAAUACUAUUUGAAUCAAGCGCAGUCAACAUCAGGCAAUCAUCAAUUACCAUUAGCAGCUCCUGGUACUUUUCAUUUUGAAGGACUUUUAUCAGGACUACGUUUAUCUGAUGACACAAAUACAGCUGAAGACCGAUUUAUGCAUCCAACAAAACAUAAUUCUGCAAUGUACGAUUGGACAACACAAUUUUUAGACACAUUACCUGAUAUUCAGACAAUACCAUUAACGAAGACAACAACAAUUUCACCACCACCACAGUCUUCGAGCGUAACAAACUCUUCAUCGUUUAUCAAUAAUAAUAAUUCUGCAGUUAUUCACCCACCGCAUUCCUCUUAUUCAUCUAUGCAAUUACCACAAUCAUCUUCCUUCUCCUCUUCAACGCAACAACAAUCAUCACAUAUUCUUCAUCCAGACGAUAAUAGAACUUUUGAUUCACAGGCAAUAUUGCCAGACUCUUCUUCUAUGCCGUUUUCUUCUAUACAAGAACAACGGCAAUCUUCUUUUUUAUUACCGAAUAAUAUUGAUUUAAUGCAACAACAACAAGAACAGUGGAUGUCUCAACCAUACUGGAACGAACAAACAAGAUAUAUCCGUCCACUAUCCACGUCGUAUUUAAACAAUACUUCAUUUAUUCAUCCAGAACAAUUACAACAAGAAAAUUCACUAUUAUCAACAAACAAAAUUGAAACGUUCGAUAAUGACACUGCCAAAACAGCGCGAAAUAUUCUAUCUCUAUUACACCAAGAAACACCGUUUUCCGAUACGGAAUUCAAAAGUUUUGUUGAACAACUUGCGAACGAAACAAAUAUUUCAAAUUCAAUGGACAAAACAACUAUUCGUAAGCCAUCAAUUUCAAAUACAUCGCAAAAUGAACAACAACAACAACAACAGCAACAACAACUGCAACCUGCCCAAGAAGAAAAGCAAGACUCCAUCGUACAAGACUGGAUCGACGAGUUUACGAAAGAAGCAAAUGAUCAAGAACCGAAACAAGAUGAAAAAGUUUGGAAUAAUACUAGUACAGAAGCAUCGUGGCAAAACGAAUGGGCUGAUUCAACGUUAUCAGCUGAUGUCGAUCCAUAUUCUGAAUAUAAAUUUUCCAAAAAUAAUUUAUUCAUGGAGUGUCCAGAUCCCUAUGAAGAAGGCUUAAAACGUUUACGUGAGCAAGAUAUUGUUAAUGCCGUUAUGUUAUUCGAAGCAGCCGUUCAAAAGAAUCCACAACAUGUAGAUGCGUGGCUCUAUUUGGGUAUUACACAAAGUGAAAAUGAACAAGAUGGACCAGCAAUCUGUGCUUUGAAAAAAUGUAUUGAGAUUGAUCCAAAAAAUUUACAAGCUUAUUUAACAUUGGGAUCAUGUUAUGCAAAUGAACUAAUGACAAACGAAGCUUUAGAUUCAUUGAGAAAAUGGUUAUCAAACAAUGAGAAAUAUUCUUACCUACUGGAAACUCAGUCAGCAACAAACGAUAGUGCGAAAAGGUCAAUGGACAUUGUUGAUGAAUCUGCGUUUGAAGAACUACAAGAACUAUUCUUACAAGCUGUGUCGGCACCUUAUUUUUCACACGAGAUUGAUUCUGAUUUACAAGUUUGUCUUGGAAUUUUAUUUCAUUUGCCUGGUGAUUAUGACAAAGCUGCCGAGUGUUUUAAUACCGCUGUUCAUGCCAAACCUGAUGACGCUCUAUUGUGGAACAAACUAGGUGCUGCAUUAGCUAAUGGUGGUCAAAGUGAAAAAGCCGUUGAAGCUUAUUAUCAUGCACUAAAUUUAUCACCUGGUUUUGUUCGAGCACGUUAUAACUUGGGAAUUAGUUGUUUUAAUCUUAGCGCGUAUAAACAAGCAAUUGAGCAUUUUAUCACUGCUCUCAAACAACAAAGUGAAGGAAUUGGUCCACAAGGACAAAUUGCUCAAAUGUCCGACAAUAUUUGGCGUACAUUAGCUAUAGCAUUGGAUCAUAUGAAUAGAACAGAUUUAGACGAUUGCAUACAAACAAAAAAUUUACAAAAGUUAAUUAAAAUAUUUGAUAUUGAAUAA